CCUGACUUUGUCAUCUCCUGCAAAUCCAAAACACAUAAACUGCACGAAAAGCUUAAAUGCUCAAACACAACCUGCAAAAUGUCCUUAAAAGUCUGGUGCUGUUUACACGCCGCCCCGUGAAAUCACGUUGGCGGCGGCGUCCGUUGAUUAAUUGGCCUGAGAGAAGAAAGAAAAGACACCAAACGUCUGUUUAUUUUCCUGAAAUAUCAAAUGAAUUCACAUCGUUGGACCUCAAACGGUCGUUUAAAUGAAACCAUGUGAGACACUGCGAGUGGAAAUCAGACAUUUUUUUAAAAAGGGCAAAAUCUGAGUUUUUGGCUGAUUCACACUGGAAACAGACUUUGGACUUGAAGCUUCUGCUCCACUGAAAUAAAACAAUUAAGCACUUCAGGAAAAUGUGGCGGAGUAAAAAGGUAAAACAUCACCGCUGAGACGCAGCUUCGAAGUAUAAAACAGGGUCGAAAUUGCACUUAAAUACAUGCACUUUGUUACUCUCCACUCACUGGAGAGAGUCAGAACCAGCAGACAGGACACAGCGUGCGGCCCGUUGCACAGCGCUGGAGGUUCUGUUCAGAUUUACACAGUACACAAAAUCUAUUUAUGCAGCUGCAAGCGGCAGAAUUCCCCGCUGGAGUCUGUGGUUUAAAGCGUAGUAUAAAACCAUCAGAUCUGAUUAUCGGCCAAACGUUGUUAUUGCCUAUAAAAAUAAUCAUUCGCUAGCGGUAGUGUCCCUUCGAGAGCCAGUUCAAAUAUGAGAGGGGGGAAAAAGAAAAAAAAAGAAAACCCACACAAGGGUCCGAAAACUUGGACGGGCCUGGAAAAAAACCUUGAGAGUGUUUCCUUCCUGCUGCGCGAGCCGGUGGAACAUGUCGUGUUGAAACAGUGGAGCAGAUUCUUCCCACCCUCGCUUCCCAUCGCAAAAAAACAUUUUAUAACUCCUGUGAAAGAAACCUAAAGUGCUCCUUUAGUGCUGCAUCGCUAUUAAUGCUCUCCACCGACACCAGAUACUCUGUUCUGACAGAACUCAAAGCUAAUAGGAAAAUAAUUCCCCCUCCCGCUGCCGGUCCCCGCCUGAAAUGAAAAUUGCGGCCAGACAUCGGGUGAGUUGUGGUUCCCCGAAGCAGCAGGAGAGGGAAAAUCUGUCAAUGAGAGGAGCGGGGAGGGAGGUGUCGCUGCGAUUAUGUGCAUGUACGGACGUCAAAAGGAUGCUACUUCCUCUUGCGGUCGCCUCGCGUUAAAACCGAGGCUCCUCGACCCGCCUGGAGGUCGGCUGACCCCUCCGCCUCCGGCCUUCGCUCUGCAAACACAUCGAGUAGGUGUGAAGGAAUGCUGAAAUCUGCUCGGAUCCCGGCGAUGUUCCCCUUCCCUUCCCCCUCGAGACACGCUGGGCUGUGGCGGGAAAACGUUCCCCGAUGAUUGAGGCGGGAUAAAUCACCUGCUCGGAGACAGAAAGGGCAGCGAGCGCAGGGAAGGAAAACAGCUCCGGGUCCAGAAUGAACUCCAAAUAUGACUUGUGGUCUGCGAGGAUAUAAUGCACCGAGAGGCUGCUGGUGCUGGAAAUAUGGUGGGCGUGAUCCACCGAAACCAAAACGUCCGGUAUUAAUAACACACAACACAUCGAUAAAUCUGAGAGGACGAGCAUGUUUAAAUCACAGAAAAUAUAAUGUUCACUAGGAUGACUUGAUCUCUUUACUGCCGCUCAAAGCACAUUGAGUAUAGAGGCCAAUUUCUGCCAGUUAGAAAGAGGAAGAAGAGAUGAAAACUUGGUCGUAUGAGGCAAAAAGUCAAAGCUAUGAGAUAAAGAAUUGAAAUUAUGAGGUAAAAAGUGAAAAUUAUACAUUCAAUUGUCAAAAUUAUGAGACAAAGAGUCAAAGUUAUUGGUUAAAAGUUUAAAUCUAUAGUUAAAAAGUAAUAAAAUUAGAUAAAAAGCAAAAAUUAUGGGAAAAACAUCAAACCUAUUCAAUAAAAAGUUCAAAAUUCAAAAUUACUAGAUAAAAAGUAAAUAUAUGAGACAAAUUUAUGGGAUAAAAAUUCGAAAUUAUGAGUUAAAAAGUCAAAAUAUGAGACAAAAUAUGAUGCUCAUGAGACAAAAUUCAAAAUCAUGAGAUAAAUAGUCAAAAAAAAAUAGAUAGUAAGUCACAUUUAUGAGUCAAAAAAGUAAAAAUAUGAGACAAAGACUGAAAGUUACGAUACAAAAUGUUAAGGUUAUGAGAUUAAAAGUCUGUUAUGAUGUAAAUCAAGCCUAAUUUUUAUUGUUACUUUUAACUGGCAGUAAAUUGACUUUUAUCCUCCAUCACACAGACUGAUGGAAGUAUUGAUGAGUCGAAACCUAAAUGUUGAAAAUGGAGUUUGGCGCCCCCUGCUGGCCUCGUCUGAAGUGUUAUUGUCUUCCUCUGACUCAGCUGUAGAUAAACAUACACACAGUAAACUGAUUUAAACUGUUUAUCAAGGUUAUAAACAGGGCUGGAACUCCAAAUAUAUUUAAUUAUUUGUCGUUAAAUUCAUGGAAAAUAAGCAAAUCUUCACAUCUCAGAAGCUGGAAGCCGGAGCUGUUCAGCAUUUCUGCCUGAAAAAUUAAUCAAAACUGACAAAUUUACGACCGAGAUGGUGGAGUGUUUUUCAUAUGAAGGUUAGGUUAGAACAGCAACAACACACACACACUCAAAGACACACACACACACACUCAGGUGCAUUCCCCAGAUGUCGUCUUGGCGCUCGAGCUCCCUCCUGUCAGCUGAUCGUUGCAUUCCUCUGUGUGUGUGUGUGUGUGUGUGUGUGUGUGUGUGUGUGUGUGUGUGUGUGUGUGUGUGUGUGUGUGAAUAAAGCCUUUCACACUGUGCUGACAACAGUUGCAUGUUUUCUGCAUUAUUAUUCGGCUGGUAAAAAUAUCACCAGGGUUUAUUUUCGACCCGUAAAUUCAGCAGGUUUGUAGCAGCGGUCGGUCGGCAGUAAAAGAGAACAACAUCUGUAUUGUUCUUGGGUUUCGCCACUGCUCAGGUGAUACAGAGGGGUCAGCCAGUAAUUGUAGGGUUGCUGGUUCAAUCCCAUCGCUGCUUAUCAUAAAUUACUUACGUCUAUGGUGAGAGAGAAUAAGUCAGUUUUGAACAAAAGCACGUUUUUGGUGAUCGUGACAAUGAGUCAGUGGAUUUGACUCAUAACUGUGUUGUUAUCUGUUGUUUUGGACGUGAUUUGAGAUGCAACACUUGAGUAUUUUCAUUUUCUGCGCCUGCGCACUUUUAAAUUGUGUACUUUUUCCUGUUUUAGACCAAUUGUACAAAAUAUAAUCACUAAAGAAAUUAAGAUGCAUGCAGCUGGAUAAAGAUAAGAGGGCCCAGCAGGACUGCAGCUAACACCUGGCUGGAUCCUGUGCAUGGCCACCGUCCCGCUCACGCUCCUGGAAGAGUCCCAGAAAAGCAGCGUAAAGUGAGGAGAGACUGGAGGAAGGAGGCCGGAGGGAGCGACAAGCUGCAGUUUAGAGAGGAGGAAAAAUCUGAAACUCUCCAAUAACUUUGAUGUCUUUGGGACCGUUUCAGGACGCACAAAUACCACAGCGGAAAAUGGUGGCUGUCCCCCUCCAUUCUUUCUAUCUGCUCAUCACAGUGUUCCUGCUAUGUUUACUACACUUUGCCCAUGGCGGGGCAUAUUAUGGACAUAAACAACCACCUCAACAACACCAGCCCUUGCCACAGUACAAUGAUGGAUUUCCUCAGCAACAGUUUAUGGGGAAUGAGAUGCCACACCUGCCUUACGGCAAAGAAGGCCCAUCAUUGCCUCAGUAUGGGAAAGAGCUUCCUCACCUGCCCUUGCAAAUGGGCAAAGAGAGGCUGCUGACUGAUAGCAAAGGACAAACAUUCCCCAGAGGGGCUAAAGGUCCACCUCCCCCUAGUCCUGGUGGAGAAGGUCUCAGAGAGGGACCUCAAGGAGUUCAGGGCCCCCCGGGACCACCAGGACCACCAGGACCACAAGGCCCCUCGGGGCAACCAGGCCAAGGAUUGCCAGGAUUGCCAGGAAAACCAGGGCCUCCUGGUCCUCAAGGCUACCCAGGAAUCGGAAAACCUGGCAUGCCAGGAUUGCCAGGAAAACCUGGAGGACCUGGAUUAUCAGGACCAAAAGGUGACCUUGGUCCUAAUGGUGGUGAAGGACCAACUGGACUUCCUGGGCCUCCAGGGCUCCCAGGCCCUCCUGGAUUACCUGGGAUAUCGAAACCUGGAGGUCAGGGGCUGCCCGGACAGGGAGGUCAUCGAGGAGAGCCUGGCCAAAAAGGUCCACCAGGGCUUCCUGGUCCUCCAGGCCCUAAGGGGGAGACAGGACUUGGUCUACCUGGUUUGCCAGGUUUAAAAGGACCUAGCGGACCACCAGGCCCACCUGGAAAUGCCGGCAUCCCUGGGGUUGGCAAACCUGGCCUUAAUGGUCUCCCUGGACAGCCAGGGAUACCAGGAAAGCCUGGUCCUCCUGGAGAGCCAGGAAUGGCAGGGCAACCAGGUGAAAGUGGUCAACCAGGAGCACCAGGCUUACCAGGAAUUGGAAAACCAGGAAUAGAUGGUGUCAGAGGGCAACCAGGAAUGUCUGGAGGUAAAGGGGAACCAGGCCCUCCUGGUUUACCAGGGGGUCCAGGCUUACCAGGCUAUGGUAAACCAGGGUUUCCUGGACCUAAGGGUCACAAGGGGCAUGCUGGUCUCCCUGGACCUCCAGGUCUUAAAGGUGAUAAAGGUCACGGAGGUCUUCCUGGGGUUAUCGGCCCCACUGGACCUAGUGGUAUGCCUGGCCCACCUGGUCCAAUAGGACCUCCAGGUAGUCUUGGCUUCCCAGGGCAAAAGGGAGAAGAUGGUUUAAUGGGAUCAAAAGGAUAUCCUGGAGUUAAGGGUGAAUUAGGGCCUCCAGGUCUUCCAGGACAGCCUGGUUUAUCAGGAGUAGAUGGACAACCAGGACAAAGAGGUUUUCAAGGGCCCAUUGGCCCCAAAGGAGAACCUGGAAUGAGGGGUUUACCUGGUGCCCCUGGCAGUGUAGGAAUAUCUGGACCAAGAGGAGAGAGUGGACAACCUGGAGAAAAAGGCCACCAGGGACCACAGGGUAUCCCAGGGCUUACAGGACCAGGGGGACCAAUUGGACCUCCUGGGCUACCAGGACCGAAAGGCGAAUCAGGUGUGCAUGGUGCACCUGGCUAUCCUGGUGAAGGAAAGCCAGGAGUCCCUGGUCAAAUUGGUCCUCAAGGUAAACCUGGUCCAAGUGGCCCCGCUGGACUUCCCGGGCCACCAGGACGACCCGGACCCCCCGGUCCUCCAGGACUACCUGCUACAUCUCCUGACCUUGGACAGAUCCUUCCCGUAUCCGGCCCACACAAUAGCCAAAAACAGGUGUACAAAAAGAAUGGAGGGGACAUAAGUGGAAAUGGCCCAGAGAUGCCUGCGUUCACGGCUAAGCUCACAAAUCCAUUCCCUCCUGUUGGCUCCCCUGUCAUCUUUGACAAACUCCUUCACAAUGGCAAUCAGGACUACAAUCCCCAAACUGGCAUUUUCACUUGUAGCGUACCAGGGAUCUACUACUUUGCUUACCAUGUCCACUGCAAAGGAGGUAAUGUGUGGGUGGCACUGAUGAAGAACAAUGAACCGGUCAUGUACACAUAUGAUGAAUACAAAAAGGGCUUGCUGGAUCAGGCAUCAGGGAGUGCUGUACUCCCGUUACGACAUGGAGAUACUGUGCAUAUACAGCUGCCAUCCGACCAGGCUGCAGGACUUUAUGCUGGUCAAUAUGUCCACUCCACAUUUUCUGGGUACUUAUUGUACCCAAUGUAAGGAAUGUGUACAAACAAAGGUGAUUGUAAUGACUUACUGAAGGCAAAUUUACCAUACUUUCGGUAAAACUACUGCAGUCUCAAAGGUACAGUUCAAGAAGGUCAAGUGAAAUGGUUUACAAUGAGUGCUGGAAGAUAAUCUUGUUUGUUUUAUAUAGUAGCAACAUACUUCAUUGUAUUUACAUCAAGCAAUGGAGUCUGAGUCAUUGGCUACGAUAUGUAAGAAGCAAAGUUUCUUGUGAGGGUUCUGAGUAGGGGAGAACAGAGAUAAAAUAAAAAAUAAAAUAAAAAAACACAUACUACCAAAUAUUUCAGUUGUCUUAAUAAUGUCAUAAUUCUUGUAUGUUUACAUUGUGCAUUUAUUCGUAUAUCCGUCCACACACAAUAUAUCAUGACAUGGCUGGAAUAAUUCCUGGAACAAUGAGACUAUAUGUUGCAGAAUUGUAUUCACAUUUUCACUAAUUUACGCUUUACAGUUAUAUACUGUAUACUGGGCACAUAAGAGGAUACUAGAACAUUGUACAAUGCAUUUAGUCACAACUUUUUGACAAAGCAGCUUUUAAACGGCUAAAUCUGAAAUUAAAACAAGUGGGUGAUUUUUUAAAAUCCACUUUCAUAUGGUUUUUACACAUUUCAGUCCAGAAUGGAACAAAAAAACACCUUUUGCAGUUUUGUCCAGAAUUUAUCCACAAAAUCUUUUAUUUGCUUUUGACAGUUUGGUGUCACGAUUUGUCCUGUUUUUUUUGUAAUAGAUAUGAAUUCUUUGAAAGGUUUUUGUCAAUUUGUCAGUAUUCUCUGUAAUUUAUUUGUUUGACUACUGAUUACUUGUGUUAAUUUCUUUGUAUUAACAGUAAAAUACAUUCAAAAAUGCAGAACACAACCUAGACAAAUAUUCAAAAAUGUAUUCUCACUCAUACCCGUUCAUACCACCAAGUUUUAGCUUUUAUUAUUUUGUGCUUUAUUUCUUCAAACUGUGGAUGUGCAAUUUUGUGUUUUGGGGGGUUUGUUUGCUUUACUUUGGACAAUGGUGCACAGCAUUAAAUGGUAAACUGUGCCUAAAAUAUGUGAAUUUUGAUUUGUUUUCUUUGUUGCUUUUGUUAGAUAAUGGUUUAAUAAAGAAACAGAAACAUG